UGGCGCCCAAAACGGAAGGAAGAAUAUUGACUUGUUCAGCUUUUGGAACUCUCUAGACAUUUCACGUUACCUCCCUCGUCUCUGCCACCAUUAAAGCUUAAAACCCAGCCUCUCUCGACGUGAGUCAUCUUGAAAGCAUUAAUCAAGCGUUGCUCUCACACAUUGAUCCUUAUCUGAUUCAUUGCAAAAUCGGUUCAUAACCUUAGCCAUGGAUGACGACUUCGAGCUCCCGACCUCCAGCGACGUGAAUAUGGACGAGGACAUGGGCAUUCCCGAGGAUGAUCCAGUUAAUCCGAUUCUCAAGGAGGGUGAAGAGAAGGAAAUUGGGAAGAACGGGCUGAAGAAGAAACUGGUCAAGGAAGGCGAAGGCUGGGAGACUCCUAGUGCAGGAGAUGAAGUUGAAGUUCAUUACACUGGGACGCUACUUGAUGGAACGCAGUUCGACUCUAGCCGUGACAGGGGCACAUCGUUCAAGUUCAAGCUUGGCCAAGGACAAGUGAUUAAGGGAUGGGAUGAAGGCAUAAAAAGCAUGAAGAAGGGCGAGAAAGCCAUUUUCACCAUUCCUCCUGAGUUGGCUUAUGGUGAGUCGGGAUCCCCCCCAGCUAUACCACCCAAUGCCAUCCUUCAGUUUGAUGUGGAAUUGCUGUCUUGGACUAGUAUUAAGGACAUAUGCAAAGAUGGGGGAAUUUUCAAGAAAAUACUUACCAAAGGAGAGAAAUGGGAGAAUCCGAAAGACUUGGAUGAAGCCUUUGUUAAAUAUGAAGCUCGGCUUGAAGAUGGAACUCUCAUUUCAAAAUCUGACGGGGUGGAGUUCAAUGUUGGAAAUGGCUAUUUCUGUCCUGCUCUGUCAAAAUCUGUGAAAACAAUGAAGAAGGGGGAAAAAGUCCUCUUGACAGUGAAGCCACAAUAUGCAUUUGGGGAGUCAGGACGACCGGCAUCUGGUGACGAAGGUGCUGUGCCUCCAAAUGCUACCCUCCAGAUAACUGUUGAGUUGGUCUCUUGGAAGGCUGUUUCUGAAAUAACCAAAGACAAGAAGGUUCUGAAAAAGAUCCUGAAGGAGGGAGAGGGAUAUGAACGACCAAAUGAUGGAGCAGUUGUCCAAGUGAAACUAAUUGGCAAGCUGGAUGAUGGGACUAUCUUCACAAAGAAGGGUCAUGAGGAGGAGCCAUUUGAAUUCAAAGUAGAUGAAGAACAAGUUGUUGACGGACUUGAUAGAGCUGUGAAAAAAAUGAAGAAAGGGGAAGUUGCUCUUGUGACUAUUCAACCAGAGUAUGCUUUUGGGCCAUCCGAAACACAGCAAGAAUUGGCAAUCGUUCCUGCAAAUGCGACUGUGGAUUAUGAAGUUGAGCUGCUCUCCUUUGUGAAGGAUAAGGAAUCUUGGGAGAUGAAUACGCAGGAGAAGAUUGAAGCAGCUGGUAAGAAGAAGGAAGAAGGGAACGCUUUGUUCAAGGCUGCUAAAUAUGAAAGAGCAUCAAAACGAUAUGAAAAGGCUGUAAGGUUCAUUGACCAUGACUCUUCUUUCAGUGAAGAAGAGAAGAAGCAGGCCAAGGUGCUCAAAAUUACCUGCAAUCUUAAUAAUGCAGCUUGCAAGCUGAAACUUAAAGACUACAAGCAGGCUGAGAGGCUGUGCACAAAGGUGUUAGAACUUGACAGUAGGAAUGUGAAAGCUCUAUACAGGAGGGCACAAGCAUGUAUACAACUUGUUGAUUUGGAUCUGGCAGAACUGGAUAUCAAAAAGGCUCUUGAGAUAGACCCAGACAACAGGGAUGUAAAACUCGAAUACAAGAUUUUGAAGGAGAAAGUCAGAGAAUAUAAUAAGAAGGAUGCCCAGUUUUAUGGCACCAUCUUUUCGAAGAUGAACAAAUUAGAGCAAGCGAGAUCGUCAAAAGUAGAAGCAAAGCAGGAGCCAGUGUCUAGUGUCGGUUGAGAACGGCCUCCUUCCUUCCUUCCCUCCCUCCCUACCUACUACCUCCCAGCCACUCAUCUAUCAUCUCAUCUAUUGUAAAACCAACAAACAGUAUGAGAAUUGAGGUUAUUUGUUGGAGUUUGGUGAAUAUUUUUGGAAUGUAAAUCAGAGUACUGUGUAAUCAAUUAAUAAAAUGUGUAAACUCUUCCUAUGGCUAUGA